AUGACAAGUAUCAUACAAACCGAGUAUGAGGCCUGUGAAAAGUUGAAAGCUCAGAACAACUCCUACACUGGCAGCGGAUGCUCAGUAGACUUCGACAGGUCGUUAUGUUGGGCAAGUGCACGGUUAGGACAGCAGAUGACCAGAGACUGCCCUUUCAAAUUCUGCACUUCUAUACCAGGAUGCGAGGAUAUCAAAGAAAAGUACAUGGUAUCGAGAAAUUGCAACAACCAGGGUGUAUGGCAAGACACGAACUACACCAUGUGCAUCAAAGUAGCAGAAGAAUACUCACAAUGCUUAUCAGGAUUCUGUAGAGUUUGUCCCGACUUUCUUCGAGAUAUGGUGAUAUCAGUGUCUUUAACGUUAUCGAUAGUCUCCGUGAUAUUACUCGUGGCAGCAAUCAUUUUAUUCUCAGUUUUCGAUUCUAUUCAGUGCCGGAGGUUAUCUAUUCAUAAAAAUCUGGCAACCGCUUUCGUGUUCCGAUUCGCUGUUCUAGCGAUUUGGACCAUUGUACAAUCCACCAACCUGUUCCAAGACUGCACUCGGUUUCAUCCUCUACCGAUAUGGGACUUGGAAUGGAUCUGCAAAACAAUCCUAUGGUUUGUUAUCUAUUUCCAAGUUGCAUCCGUCAUGUGGAUGCUAAUAGAGGGAGCAUUCCUUUACAGUCGGUUUACUGUAUUUGCGAUGCGACACAGUGAUGCACCAUGGUCGCUGUAUCUCGCUUGUGGAUGGGGUUUUCCAUUCGUGGUAGUCUCUGCUUGGACCAUCGUCCACCAGUAUAAGUCCAGUCAGCUCCCCAACUCCUUCUGCUGGGUACCGUAUGCCCAGGGUAAUCAUUUGUGGAUUCUGACAGGGACAAUGGGAACCGCGUGGAUUAUGAAUUUAAUAUUCCUGCUCAUGAUUGUUGUGAUAUUGGUUCAAAAGUUGAGAACAGAAAACUCGGCGGAAUCCAAAAAGAUUUGGAGAACAAUAAAAGCAACGCUUCUGUUGGUGCCACUUCUCGGAGUUUCAAACAUCCCUCUUUUUUAUGAGCCCGAGCACCCGAGCUCUGUCUACAUGCUCGGCUCAGCUAUCUUACAGCAUAGUCAGGGAAUCUUCAUUGCGGUUCUCUACUGCUUCCUGAAUAGUGAAAUCCAAGGAGCACUGAAAAGACAGCUUUCAAAAGUGCCAUUUGAAUUUUUCAAAUCUAGGAACCGUUUCGAAACUGAAAGAACCUAUGUUCCGGAAACUCGAAAUGCCACAAAAAACGGAGUACCUAUGGAGGAGUUGAAUGGAACCAAGAAAAUCGAAAGUGAGAAUAUCGAGUCCCAGGAACAGGCUAACAGCAGUGACAAGCAAAUAUACUCGGUUCCCACGAAAUCCUAA